CCCCGCCCGCCCUCACUCGCCUGCUGCCCGCAGCCCGGCACCACUCGGCAGCUCCGCGCCGAGGAGGGAGGCACCGCUGGAGAUAAUCCUUUCCCUCCCUGCCCCCCACCCCGAGCAGCAGCAAGAGGAGGAGAGGGGCUGGCAGGAUGGCGACCGUGGUGGUGGAAGCGGAGCCGGACCCGUCUUGUAGCAUCCCCAACCCCGCGUCCCCCUCGCCCAGCCUCUCGCACCGCUUCCUCGACAGCAAAUUCUACCUGCUGGUGGUCAUCGGCGAGCUCGUGACCGAGGAGCACCUGAAGCGAGCCAUCGGCAACAUCGAGCGAGGAAUCCGAUCAUGGGACACAAAUCUGAUUGAAUGCAACUUAGACCAAGAACUGAAACUUUUUGUGUCUCGCCAUUCAGCUCGGUUUUCUCCUGAAGUUCGAGGUCAGAAAAUCCUUCACCACAGAAGUGAUGUCUUAGAAACAGUAGUCCUGAUUAACCCUUCAGAUGAAGCAGUUAGUACUGAGGUGCGCUUAAUGAUCACAGAUGCUGCAAGACACAAGCUUCUUGUACUAACUGGCCAGUGCUUUGAAAACACAGGAGAGCUCAUCCUGCAAUCAGGAUCUUUCUCAUUCCAGAACUUCAUUGAGAUCUUCACUGACCAAGAGAUUGGUGAAUUAUUGAGUACUACACACCCUGCCAACAAAGCCAGUUUAACUCUGUUUUGCCCUGAGGAAGGGGAUUGGAAAAAUUCAAACCUUGACAGACAUAACCUUCAAGACUUCAUCAACAUUAAACUCAACUCAGCAUCCAUAUUGCCUGAAAUGGAAGGACUUUCUGAAUUCACAGAGUAUCUGUCAGAAUCAGUAGAAGUGCCAUCACCCUUUGACAUUUUGGAACCGCCAACAUCUGGAGGUUUCUUGAAACUCUCAAAACCCUGCUGUUAUAUUUUCCCAGGUGGAAGAGGGGACUCUGCAUUGUUUGCAGUGAACGGAUUCAAUAUGCUUAUUAAUGGGGGAUCUGAAAGAAAAUCUUGCUUCUGGAAACUUAUCCGACAUUUAGACAGAGUGGAUUCCAUUCUGCUCACCCACAUUGGGGAUGAUAAUCUACCAGGAAUCAAUAGCAUGCUUCAACGAAAGAUAGCUGAGUUAGAAGAGGAACAGUCACAAGGUUCUACUACCAACAGUGAUUGGAUGAAAAAUCUGAUCUCACCUGAUUUAGGAGUUGUAUUCCUCAAUGUUCCUGAAAAUCUGAAAAACCCUGAUCCUAAUUUUAGGGUAAAAAGAAGCAUAGAAGAAGCUUGUUUCACUCUCCAGUAUUUAAAUAAGUUGUCUAUGAAACCAGAACCUCUCUUUAGAAGCAUAGGAAAUACCGUUGACCCUAUCAUUCUAUUUCAAAAAAUGGGAGUAGGCAAACUUGAAAUGUAUGUGCUGAAUCCAGUCAAAAACAGCAAAGAGAUGCAGUAUUUUAUGCAGCAGUGGACUAGUACAAGUAAAGAUAAAGCUGAAUUAUUGCUGCCAAAUGGUCAGGAAGUAGAUAUUCCAGUAUCCUAUUUGACCUCAGUCUCAUCACUGAUCGUAUGGCAUCCAGCAAAUCCUGCAGAAAAAAUAAUCAGAGUUUUGUUUCCAGGAAACAGUACCCAGUAUAACAUACUAGAAGGGCUGGAAAAACUGAAACAUUUAGAUUUCCUUAAACAACCAAUGGUUACACAGAAAGACCUUACUGGUAACAUACCUAGCCCAGCAGUGAAACAAGCAAAGCUGAAACAGCGAGCGGACAGCAAGGAAAGUCUCAAACCUGCCACAAAGACACUAUCAACCAAGACUGUCAGAAAAGAAUCUAAAGAAGAAGCAUCUGAACCAGCAAAGCCUAGUCCUCCAGAAAAGCCUCAGAAAGUAGAAAGCAAGGAAAAGACUACAGUAAAAAAGGAAAAACCAGCAAAAGCAGAGACAAAAUCUUCAGUAACAGAAAAAGAUAUGACAGCUAAGGAGGAGCAGCUAGUGAAAUCCGAAAUUGCUGAAAAACAAGCAGCAGAUGUCAAACCAAAAGUUGCAAAGGAGAAGCAUGUGAAAAAGGACGUGAAAGUAAAAUCUGAAGAAAAGAGAGAGGAAAAAGAAAAACCAAAGAAAGAGGUUUCUAAGAAAGAGGAGAAAACACCUACCAAGAAAGAGGAAAAACCUAAAAAGGAAGAAAUCAAGAAAGAAGCGAAAAAGGAAGUGAAAAAGGAAGAGAGAAAAGAUUCUAAAAAAGAAUUAAAAAAAGAAACUCCCCAAAAGGAAGCGAAAAAGGAAGCUAAAAAAGAAGAGAAAAAGGAAAUUAAAAAGGAAGAAAAAGAAUCCAAAAAAGACACCAAAAAGUUUCCAAAAGAAACAAAGAAAACACUUGCUCCUUCAACUGAAGCCCGAAAGCCUGUGACAAAACCUAAAGCACAAAAGAAAGAGGAAUCUGUUAAAAAGGAAGCUGGGCCUGUUGGAAAACCAAAGGAAAAAGGCAAAAUUAAGACAGUAAAGAAAGAGAGCAAGGUCAGUGAAACACAAGCUGCUGUGGCGGCAGUGGGAGCGGUUGCUGCAGCAGCAGCAGCUGCUGGAGUAGUAGCUAAUGGAAAAGAGCUUGAAGCUGAGAGAUCCCUUAUGUCUUCACCAGAGGAUUUAACAAAAGACUUUGAAGAAUUAAAGGCUGAAGAAGUAGAAAUAGUAAAGGAAACAAAGCCUCAGGUAGGGUUAAUAGAAAGUGAAGGGAAACUAGCUGACUCAGAACAAAAGGAAGCACAUGAAAUCCAGAAAGAAAAAGUAGAUACUGAAGGACCUGCUGACUCUCCUGAUGAAGGCAUAACGACCACUGAAGCUGAGGGUGAAUGUGAACAGACACCUGAAGAGCUGGAGCCUGUAGAAAAGCACAGGGUUGAUGACAAUGAAAAAUUUGAAGAUGAAGGAACUGGUUUUGAGGAAUCAUCUGAAGCAGGUGAUUAUGAAGAAAAGGCAGAGACUGAGGAGGCUGAGGAACAAGAUGAAGAUGAGGAAGAAAAAGCAACACUGGGCAUCACAAAACGGGAUAUUGGCGUGGCAAGAGAAGUGGGAGAGACUGAAGCUGAUAAACAUGCUAAAACUAAAGAUAAAUAUGUUGAAAAGGCAGAAUCUGAGGCAGGAGAUGAGCGAGCUGAAGAAGAUAUGGAAGAGACAGUUGAAAAGGCAGAAACUGAAGAGACUGAAGAAGAAGCUGAGGAAGAAGACAAAAUGGAGGAUGUCAGAGAUGAAGAAGUGGAAACUGAAAAAGUUGAAGCUGAAGAAGACUAUGUUAUGGCUGUGGUAGACAAAGCUGCAGAGGCUGGUGAAGUUGAAGAUAAAUAUGGCUUACUCAUAAUCACACCAACUAAACACUCUGAACCUCAGUCCCCAGCUGUUGAACCAGCAUCUUCUAUUCAUGAUGAGACUUUACCUGGGGGUUCAGAAAGUGAAGCAACUGUUUCUGAUGAAGAAAAUAGAGAAGACCAACAUGAGGAAUUCACUGCUACUUCAGGUUAUACUCAGUCUACCAUUGAAAUUUCUAGUGAGCCAACACCAAUGGAUGAAAUGUCAACUCCUCGGGAUAUCAUGAGUGAUGAAACGAACAACGAAGAAAGUGAAUCACCUUCUCAAGAAUUUGUAAACAUUACUAAGUAUGAGACAUCACUGUAUUCUCAAGAAUAUACUAGACCUAAACUCUCUCCACUUCAUGAUGCUUUCAAUGGUUUAUCUGAAGGAUCAAAAACAGAUGCCACAGAAGGUAAAGAUUAUAAUGCUUCAGCUUCUACUCUCUCACCCCCUUCUUCAUUAGAGGAAGACAGAUUCUGCAAAUCUUCCUUUCAAGAAGUGUACCAUCAAAGAGAAAAUGAAAUCAAAAGUACUGCUAAAUUACAAAUCAAAGAUACCUUUUCACAGGCAUUUGAUGAAAAGCAUAGCUCAGCUAAGAGUCCAGUUCAGAGUCCAUCACCUCCAUCACCAGUUGCUAAAACACCACUAAGUGAACGUAGUGUGAACUUUUCCCUGACUCCCAAUGAGAUUAAGACAUCAAUUGAACCUGUAGUGCUCACUGCAUUGCCUGAUGAACAUCCAGAAGUUAUUGAAGAGCAUGGUGUCAGCCCUGAUGAUAAAACAUUAGAAGUGGCGUCUCCUGCACAAUCUGUUGCUGGUAGUGCAGGCCACACACCUUAUUAUCAGUCUCCCACUGAUGAAAAGACCAGCCGACUUCCUUCUGAACUCAUUGAAAAGGCAGCAGAAGCUCCGGUUAGUUUUGAAUUUAGUGAUGCCAAAGAUGAGACUGCAAAACCCAGAAUAAGCCCUAUGGAUGAGCCUGUGCCAGACUCAGAAUCGCCUAUUGAAAAAGUUCUCUCUCCUUUACGAAGUCCACCUUUGAUAGGUUCAGAGUCUUCAUAUGAUACAUUUUUGACUGCCGAUGUAAAGUCAACUGCCAGACCGACUGAGAGUCAUUUUGAGGAGAAAAGUGAAAAAGAAGAGUCCCCUGUUCAGAUAAGCCCAGUUUCUGAAGUCACCUCUGUGGAUCUUUUCCAAGGACAGCAAGAUGAAAAAAGUAUGGCAUUUAUGCCAGCUAAAGGUUUUGGUCUAGAAAAGAAUAUGGAGGAUAUUGAAGCUACCAGUUCUCAGACUCCACUGGUUUUGGAUGAAAGGAAGCUAGCAGGAGAUGUCUCUCCUACACAAAUAGAUGUUAGCCAGUUUGGAUCCUUUAAAGAAGACACCAAAAUGUCAAUAUCUGAAGGUACAGUCUCUGACAAAUCUGCAACUCCUGUUGAUGACGUUGUAGCAGAAGACACAUAUUCACAUAUAGAAGGAGUUGCUUCUGUCUCCACAGCCUCUGUUGCUACUAGUUCAUUUCCAGAGCCAACUACGGAUGAUGUUUCUCCUUCUUUACAUGCUGAGGUUGGAUCACCACAUUCUACAGAAGUUGAUGAUUCUCUUUCUGUAUCUGUUGUACAAACACCAACAAUUUUUCAGGAAACAGAAAUGUCUCCAUCUAAAGAAGAAUGUCCGAGACCCAUGUCAAUUUCUCCACCAGAUUUUUCACCUAAAACUGCAAAAUCAAGAACACCAGUGCAAGAGCACAGAUCUCCUGAGCAGUCAACUAUGUCAGUAGAAUUCAGUCAGGAGUCCCCUGAGCAGUCUUUGGCAAUGGACUUUAGUAGACAAUCUCCAGAACAUCCCACAGUAGGCACUAGCGUACACCAUAUAUCUGAAAAUGGACCAACUGAAGUAGAUUAUAGCCCUUCAGAGAUACAGGAACCUACUUUUUCACAUAAGAUAUCACCUGUGGAGCAGACAUGUUAUACUCAAGAAAAGGAUCUUUCAGAGAUUAUUUCAGUAUCUCAGAUUGAAGCUUCACCCUCAACUUCAUCAGAACAUACACCUUCACAGAUAGCUUCUCCACUGCAAGAGGAAACACUCUCAGGUGUCAUGCCACCCAGAGAUAUGCCGCUGCAUUCUUCAUUUACCUCAGAAAAGAUGCAGAGCCUAGGAGAAAAGCUUUCACCAAAGUCUGAUUUAUCUCCUUUAACUACAAGAGAAUCCUCUCCUUUAUACUCUCCUAGUUUUUCAGAUUCACCUCCUGCGAUCAAAGAAACAACUGCUGCUUGUCACUCACCAUCACUAUCACUUCAUGUGUCCUCAGAUAAAAUAUUUGGUUACCAUACCUCAGUAACACAUGACACAAUACAAGACUCUCUAACAAAACAUAGUCCAGAGCCUUUAGCCUCCACAGAAAAAGAUGAAGCUGAAAAAAUCACCAGGUCAGCUGAGGCCAUUAGUUACUCCUAUGAGACAACUGGGAAAAUCACUAGAUCACCAGAGGCCAUUAGUUAUUCCUAUGAGACAACUGGGAAAAUCACUAGAUCACCAGAGGCCGAUAGUUAUUCCUAUGAGACAACUGGGAAAAUCACUAGAUCACCAGAGGCCGAUAGUUAUUCCUAUGAGACAACUGGGAAAACCACCAAGUCCCCUGAAGCUCCUAGUUAUUCCUAUGAGGCAGCAGAGAAAACCACUAGAUCACCAGAGGCCAUUAGUUACUCCUAUGAGACAACAGAAAAAACCAUCAGGUCACCUGAAGCCAUGGAUUAUUUUUAUGAGAGAACUGGAAAAACCACCAGGUCACCUGAGGCUAGUAGUUACUCCUACGAGCCAACAGAGAAAACCACCAGGUCAUCUGAAGCCAUGGAUUAUUCCUGUGAGAGAACUGGGAAAGCCACCAGGUCACCUGAAGUCGUAGAAUACUCCUAUGAACCAACAGAGAAAACCACCAGGACACCUGAAGCUGUGGAAUACUCCUAUGAGAGAACUGGGAAAACCACCAGGACACCUGAAGCUGUGGAAUACUCCUAUGAGAGAACUGGGAAAACCAUCAGGUCACCUGAGGCUGUAAGUUACUCCUAUAAGCCAACAGAGAAAACCACCAGGUCACCUGAAGCCAUGGAUUACUCCUUUGAAACAACUGGGAAAUCAACAAGAUCACCUGAGGUUGUUGGUUUUGCCUAUGAGACACCUGGGAAAACCACGAGGUCACCUGAGGCUGUUAGUUACUCCUAUAAGACAGAUGUACAUUUUGCUGCAGAAAAAUCAUCUCUAGCAGAAACCCGUCAAGAUGUUGAUUUAUGCCUUGUGUCUUCCUGUGAAUACAAGCAUCCCAAAACCGAACUUUCACCCUCAUUUAUCAACCCGAAUCCCCUGGAGUGGUUUGCCAGUGAAGAACAGUCUCAAGAACAAGAAAAGCCAUUAACCCAGUCUGGAGGAGCCCAGCCACCUUCAGGAGGAAAACAGCAAGCACGCCAGUGUGACGAAACUCCUCCCACCUCAGUAAGCGAGUCUGCUCCAUCUCAGACCGAUUCAGAUGUUCCCCCAGAGACUGAAGAAUGCCCUUCUAUUACUGCAGACGCUAACAUUGACUCAGAAGAUGAAUCUGAAACCAUUCCAACUGAUAAAACAAUUACAUACAAACAUAUUGACCCUCCACCAGUCCCAAUGCAAGACCGCAGUCCUUCACCCCGGCACCCAGAUGUCUCAAUGGUAGACCCAGAAGCUUUGCCUGUUGAUCAGAACUUAGGCAAACCUUUGAAGAAAGAUCUGAAAGAAAAGACAAAAACUAAAAAGCAGGGUACUAAGACCAAGUCUUCCUCACCUGCCAAAAAAAGUGAUGGUAAAUCAAAGCAGGUGGCUUCACCAAAGCCAGGUGGCUUAAAGGAAUCUUUAGACAAAGUUUCCAGAACAGCUUCUCCAAAGAAGAAAGAGUCUGUGGAGAAAGCAGCGAAAAAUAUCUCUAUUCCAGAAGUAAAAUCUUCCCGUGUUGAGGAAAAAGAUAAGGAGGCCAAGAAUGCAACAAAUUCCACAACAUCAAAGUCUGCAAAGACUGCAACUUCAGGAUCUGGAAAUAGCAAACCAGCAAAAUCCACAGCUGUGCCUCCAGGACCUCCAGUGUACUUGGACCUGGUAUAUAUUCCCAACCACAGUAAUAGCAAGAAUGUCGAUGUAGAGUUUUUCAAGAGGGUGAGGUCAUCCUACUACGUGGUGAGUGGGAAUGAUCCUGCAGCUGAAGAACCAAGCAGGGCUGUUCUGGACUCCCUGCUGGAGGGCAAGGCUCAGUGGGGAAGUAACAUGCAGGUGACCUUAAUCCCAACCCAUGAUUCAGAAGUGAUGAGGGAAUGGUACCAAGAGACCCAUGAGAAACAGCAGGACCUCAACAUCAUGGUUUUGGCAAGCAGCAGCACUGUUGUUAUGCAAGAUGAAUCUUUCCCUGCAUGCAAGAUUGAACUGUAGAAACAAGGCCAUACACCACAACAUUAAACUUUAUUUCCAGAAAUUCUUCAGUUUGAAAAUACCUUUUCUAAAAAUUCAACCCAUCUAAUUCAACUGCUGAACUAUAUACCUGCCAAAUGCUAUACUGUGUCACGGUGAUGCAAGUCACUAAUAUUUUUCAGUCUUUGCUGAUUGCUAAGGGAAAUAACGGUAUUCCCAAAGUAGGGUUCAGAUUACUGCAAAAUUACAGAUCCUGGUUCAUCUCCGCUGAACAUUUGGAAACCAUGCACUAGCAAACCCAACUGACUUCUGCCAGGUAGAGGCAUUUGCCCUCGAAAGAAACACAAAGAGAGAGAGAGAAAUAGAGAGAGGGGUAGGAGGAGAAAGUAUAAAUAAUUGGGUCUGCAUUAGUCUCACGGCAAUAGAUGUAUUGCUUACUGCAGUCUGCUUAUGCUCUCACAUGAAAAGAAAGUUUUAAAUUUGUAUCAGUCUGAGUUAUAGGAAAGGGGGCCUUAGUUUACAAAAUUAUGUGAACUAAUAAUAAAAGGAAACUGAAUGUGGCUUUGAAGGGACAUAAGAUCUAAACACUCAUUAGCCAUUAACUAAUUUGAACUCUGCAUACUAACAUAACAUAAUUAUCAUAGACUAAAUAUGCAAGUAGUUUGAACCCCAUUCAGAACUCUAAAACUUUUCUUUUAACAUGCAAAUAUGUUGGUCUAAGGCAUGCUCCCAGUGAAUAUCUAUUUAGUCCACUCAGAAUCGACAAAUCUGCAUGCUUAAACACCUAAGUCAACAGCCAAUUUACUGAAGCAAAAUACCAAAGCAGUUGGGGAGUAUAUACAGUAGACAAAUUGCCUUAGAAAGUGACUUGAAUGUACAAAGAUACUUAAUGCACUUAUUUUUUAAUGUGAGACAGCAAGUUUAUAAAACAUCUGUUUAGGAUUAUAGUUACACCAGUAAAGAAGUGUGAGUGUGCAUGUGUGGUACUAGAAGCCUAUCUGAUUGGUCAAACAGCUUGGUACUAUGAAUUAUGUAUGUUGGCUGAACACUUCAUUGGUACACCUGGACAGCUCAAAAAAACAAGACAAGCAUUUUUGAAAGCUGCUUUUGUACUGCGGAAGCAAGAUUGAAGUGGUGUCCAGUAUCAGAAAUGCAAAACUUAGUGAAACACAGUAUACUGAAAAAGGUUCUCAGCGAGUCUGUACAGUAUUUUACCUUCCUUUGUCUUACGUUAUUUUAUUUGUUAAUUUAAGAGUGAAUAUGGGAACAAAUGUAUAGAAGAAUUUUUUUUAGCUCUGUGUGAACUUUUAAUAGAUGACUUUUUAACAAAAGUUUUUGUUUACAGGAAAAUGCAAAGAAAAAAAUUUCAGGUGAAGGCAAUUUUUUUUAAUAGUUUUGUAAGAAAUACAUAAUGUUGUUUGAGGUUCUGGUGAGAAUGAAGUAUGAUAUUGCAGUAACAUAUUUAUUGAAAACAUUUAACUGCCAAGAAUUUUUGGGGAAAAUCCCUAAUGAUUAAAUUAAUCUAUUAGUGCUCACAAAAAAUAGGAGCUGAAAUGCCAGUUGACUGCUUUUUACAAAGUGGUAGUUAGACUCACAGUUCUCCCAAGAUCUUUAAAAAGAUUGAAAAAAGCAACAAUUACCAUAAAUAAGCCAAGCAGGUUUUUUUUGGGGGGGCGGGGUUGUUUUUUGGGGGGUGAGAGGGAGGGGUGUUGGUUUUCUUUGUGUGUGUGUGUGUAUGUGUGUGGUUUUUUUUUCUGUAAAGUGUUCCCAGUGUCUACAGAUCAUUUCCAAAAGUACAGCAUACAGAUCAGUUCCACUAUUAAAGAAAGUUUGGACUCUUAAGUCUUGGAAGAUUUACCACUAUAGAAAAUAUUGUUACAUUUCAGUUUGCAGACUUGUACAUCAGAAUUUAAAUAAGGUAAAGAAAGGCCUCCUAAACGGAGAUUUGUGCUGGUCUGUACAAUUCACCUUUAUGAUAGGCUUUGAGUUCCACUAGGUAGUUAACAAUGACCUCAUUUUAUUUUCUUUACGUAUUAUGUAUUUUAAAUGUUAACAUUGUUAGUUUAUUUUUGUUUGAUAGGUGUAUGUUUGCACUGCUAAUUUUUUUUUUUUUUUUAAUACUACUUCAGAGCCCUUUAAAUCUGGGCCCUUGUAGCCCAUUUAAUGCUGUGAAUUACUGUUUGUCAUAUGUGGGUGGGGGUUGUUUUAAUAUUUUUGUUAGAUAUCAUUAGCAAUGCUAUUAUUUAUUGGUCUACCUUUUAGAUCCUUGAAAAUAACUCAGAAUGAUUUUGAUACAAAAGACAAAGGGAAAUGUAUUGUGAAAACAAGCGGAAUUUGCUGAGCUCAUAAUCAUUUACUUAACAUUCAUUUUGUCUUUGAAGUGAAAGGCAAAAUAUUUUAUUAGUUAGCUGAUUUGGCAGAAUAUUGUAUUAUUUCUACCACAAUUCUUUCUGAUUUGUCUACUCUCUCAUGUAUAUAAGAUUUCAAACUUUUUGGGUUCGGGGAGCAAAUUCCAGACACUCCCAAAACUGGAAGUAGUUUGUUUCUCCACUUUGAUAGAAAAUCUAAUGAGCAAUGAUGUCGAGACUGAUCUUAUACCAAUGUAAAUCAGGAGUAGCUUCAUUGAAAUUGAGGGUAAAUUAGUAUAAAUUAAAUCAGAAACAAGCUUUAAAUUUCUAACACCCCAAGUAAAUUUGUAACAGCUCAAAUAACUGUUUUACUUAAAAAAAAAAAAUAAGCCAGUUUCAGCCAAUCUUAAAUUGUACAUUGAUUUUUUGCUGCUACAGAAUUUUUUUUUUAAAGUCAGCUGUUUUGAAUCAGCUGGCAUUGUUCCUAUAAGAUAUUGUAAUACUUGUUCCAUCCACUCUUCUAAAUGACAACCAAGGCUGAGAGUUAUUAACUUCCCAAUUAGCUCCUCUUGCCCUUAAUGCCUUUCCUGCCUGUGUAACUAAUCUAAUUGUGCUAGUCAUAGUCAUACACAAUUAGUUUAGUAACAGUCAUCAAAAUGUACCAUGUACGUUAAUGGUGAGUGCUGUUGAUCAGCACAGAUUUCUAGGAGCAUGGUUUGAUAUUGAUUACUCUAAUUAUAAAGGUUCAAUAUUUGAGUGUAAAGAACACUCUACUUAAAUGAUGUUGUUACCCAUGACAACAUUCCCAAUCAUGACCUUUAUGGUAGUACUGCACUGCUGAAUAAAAUUCAAUGAAGAAUUAACAUUGGAGAUCACAUCCAUUUCCAAGCCUAAACAGAUCCCCUUGCAUGCCUUCUCAAAGUCUCAUGCUGGGGCUGACUACAUUGUCUCUUUCCUUUAAUUCCAUCUCCCAUAGAGUUCACUCUGGUGAAUGGAUCCAAUUGUGUAUAUGGGUUUUUUAAAAUUGUCUCCAAUAGCUUAUAUGGUUUAGGAGCCUUCCAGUACUCAUUUGCUAAGAUCUAAUAGUUUUGUUAAUGGAAUUUUCCACCCUUCCCACUGCAAGAAAUUCAGCUGCGAGGAACAAUUACUGUGCAUUUUUGAAAUUUCUGUCAUAUGCCUCUUUAUUCAUCUGUCACCGGAGGUACUUGCUUAGUGAUGACAUUUUGAGAGAAAUGGUAAUUUUUUUGGUCUGGAUUUAUUAGAAAAGGAAAAACUAUAAUGUUUACACUUGAAAGAAACUGUAAGCUUUCAUCUUUUCACUUAAUAAUUGAACAAAAACACAAAGCAACCUAGUGACAAGCAUUUCUUUGAAUGCAAUUAUGUUAUUCACCUGAUUAAAAAUGUUUGCUAUUUAAACAAAAAUCUGUUUGUUGUGACUUUACAAAAAAAAAUCAAAUAACUAAAUAAAAAGGCAGCAUAAAAAUAUUGAAAAGGAAGAAAAAAGGGAAAAAAAGCUUCUCUGCACUUAGCUAGCUAGGCGCUCCAGAUGACAGGAGCUAUCCAUAAAAUUCAUUCAAGACUGGGCUGUAAUCACAACAGUAGAAGAGCGAUUAUGAAGUACAAUGUGCUUUCACAUGUUUGCAUGCAGCCAUGUAUCUUCCAAACUAUGGAAAGAAACAGUCUUGUUGCCAGCUGAGAAGCACCUCACACACUCCUCUCUCUUGUUCUGAAUGGUGUUUGUAUCAGUCUGCAGCUGUGUAUGGUAAUAUGUCUUAUAAUCCUGCAUCACUUCUAUUCUAUCCAGUCAUAUCUAAUGUAGAAAAAUAGUUUCCAGUGAAAGUAAUAUGUAGUGCUUUUAUGAUAUUUGUGUGCAAUAUCCCCUCUUCCAUUGAGGAUAUUUGAUGUAAAGGAAACAAACUCAGUUCCACAAUAAAAUACAAAAGUGAUGAA